GGCAUGGUGCAAGACGCAGCAGCUCGGGGAAGCGGGUUGGACUAGAUGACCUACAAGGCCCCCUUCCAACUCUCUUUUGAUGGGUUUGAGUCUCAACUUCCAACCUCUUAGAAUUUGGCCAGUGGGGGGGAAAAGAGAAAGACGGAAAGGAGUGGAGGGAUAGAAGGAGAUAAGAAAGCAAGGAAAGAUCUCUUAGGGCCUUUAUAGAAGCAGGUCCCGCAGAGUUCAAGCGAGGAGCAAAACGUUUUUCUUCUUUGAGAUCCUUGCCAACCAAUCCUUGAUUUCCCCCCCGCCGAAGGCUGCAAGGGACAGCCGGUCUCCUAAUCCAUUGUGCCCUUCUGUCCUUCACAUCGGCUGGGCGACAUGCCCGCAGCUGUCGCCGGGCGUCAUUUUAAACGCCAUGGGUUCUCCCCACCCCCAGCCCCUCUUCCUCUCCCGUCGACUCUUUUCUCCUUCGGUUCCUCGCCCGCUUGCCAACCGGGGCAUCUCUGUCACUUCCUUCAGGUGGGGCGAUCUGAGAAAGGGAGGGGAUGGCAGAAGGACGGGCCCCUAAAAGGCCCUUCUCGCUGCUGGCCACGGGCGCCGGGUGGGCCAAAUCCCUGGGCCAGGCACUGGUGGUUUUCUGGAGCAACCAAUACGCUUGGCUUCUCGGGGUGCCAGGCCUCCGCCGUGCUUACCACCUGUGGCUGGCGUCGGUGGUCAUUUUUGGGCCCCUGCUUCAGUUUUACGUCAACCCCCGGGCCAUCUUUGCCAAUCAUCACAACUUCUUUAACAUAAAAUUUGUCCGAUCUGCCUGGGGCUGGACCGGCAUUUUCCUCGGCGGAUUCAUCCUUCCGGUGGUUUACCUGUCCACGCACCAGAUCCUGCUCACUUUACGUCACCUGGCCCGCUUGGCGGUGGGCGCCAGCCUCUGGCUCGGCGCCACCGAAGCCUUCCUCCUGAUUGAGAACCUGACUGGCUACUGCUUCGACUCCGUGCCGGAAGGGAUCCUGGUGAACGGCCUGGCGGACAAGUGGACGUGUCUCCACAAAGGCCACAAAUGGCACGGCUACGAUGUCUCGGACCACACUUUCCUGCUGACCUUCUGCUGCCUGCUGAUGGUGGAGGAGACGGCCAUCUUCCGGCGCUACCUGGCCCAGGGUCACCCAGCCGGGGUGCCGCUACGCCUCAUUUUCCUGCUUAACGUCCUCCUCCUCCUGCUCUGGAACUUCCUGCUGGCGUGUACGGUGGUGUACCUGUACGACUACAGCCACAAAGUCGUCGGAGCCGCCAUCGCCACGCUGUGUUGGUUCCUGACCUACCGGUGCUGGUACCGCUGCCCGUGUUCGCCGGGGAGACCCGGGGCCGGCCUGUUUCUCCGGGGAGCCACGAAAGAGGCCACGCGGCAGAACUGA